CAACACUAAUUCCUGAGACACUAACACUGCAAUGCAAGCCUCAUUGUAUCUCAGAGCUCCCCAACUAUCCACUCUCCAAUGCCUCCGCAAAUCCAACUUCUCCAAUGGCCAUCUCCGCGCAAUCGCGAGGAGCCAGAUUUCAUCUUCCACUCCCCCACCACCUUCUCCUCCUCGUCAGUCAAGAAAACAUGCUAAAGCUUUGGCUUUGGUGGCCACAGUAGUACUUGCGAGCGCUAUGGGGUUUGCCUUCCCGGACUGGAGAAGAAAGGGGAGGAUUGGGCACGCCGCGCCGUGGCAGAAUGUACCCAUCAGCAGCGGAGCGGAUGUCGCGCGGCGAAAGCAAAUGGCGAUGCGGAAGAAGAUUGCGGAGGAAGAGGUUCUGCAACUCGCUGCUGAUGAGGUGCUGGAAGAGAUGUUUAGAAGGAAGGAUCUGCCUGAAGAAUUCUACAAGAUUGCGCCAAAUUAUCCCUUGAUUAAGGUAUACUUGGAGAAUCAACUGAAACUCGGUGAUGAAUCAUGGGGAACUUUAUUACAAAAAUGGAAGGAAAUAAAGCCUGGGCCAGACCAAUUGGAAAUAGGACUGCUACUUAUCGAUGUCUGUAUCAUAAAGGGAAAUUUCAAACUGGCUAAUGACAUUGACGAGGAGAUUAAAAGAAUAACCCCUGAGCUCGAUUAUAGAAUCAAAAUUCGUAGGGCUAUAGUAAAAAUGAUCAAAGAUUGGGACAAAAAGAAAGAAUGGGAGAAGAAAAUAGAAUGGGAAAAGUUUGCAAAGAAUAUGCAAGAUAUUGUCGACAGUUCUCUUAUAGAUAUACCAGAAGAAACAUAACAUAAGCACCAGAUGCAGAAUCAGGAAGAACAAUGCCUUCAUUUUUUCUCACCAACUUCAUACUUAUCCACUA